CAUUCUAGUUUUCAACCGUGCAAUCGUCAUAACCACUGCUAUUCAUUGAGGGAGCCGACCGACUGGUGCAUACUAGCUCCUCACUUCAGGUGGACGAAUUGGGGAUGUCAUUGCGAUUUGAAGCUGGGUAGCUGUGUGAUCGAGCGGUAUGAUCAUAGAAAUCUUCAACUGCAGUGGGGAUACUGUAAUCUGAAAAGCGACAUGCAUUGUAGUGAUGUAAAUUACGUGUUGUUAUAA